CAGUUGACAAGAAGUUUGCGCAAAUAAAUACUGCCUGGAUGUUACCUCAAUUAUCUCACUACUUAUCUCCCUACUUGCAGAGCAAGGAAACGUUAUUGUCAUGAAACAAGUUAAUUUCCACAAAAUGCGCAGCUGCAGCAGACUAAAGAACAUUGUGCCAGUGAAUGUCUUCCCCCUCCACUGUCCUCUCCGUGCUGUUCCUUCCAGGGCUCCAUUUCAGAGGCGGAGAUGGAAUAUUCAGAUCAGCUGAGGACAGCGUCGUGUUCUCCACCGUUCUCAGAACUCCACUGGCUCCUUCCUCCAACUCCUCACUUCAGAGUUGAGGCUACUAAAAACAUCGGACGCUAGGGGAUCGAGACGUCGCCUGCCUCUAUGUGCAGGGCACUGACUGAUCUUUUGGGGGUCGCUUUUUCAUUCUUUUUAUUUGAAUUGUCUGAAGAUCCGUUUAGUGAGCUCAUUAUUUUACAGAAGUAUAUUUUAGCGGGUGCUUUCCUCUUUGGAAUCAGCAGCAACAGACCCUCAGUGAGGCAUGUCUUACCCCCAGGGUUACCUCUACCAGCCGCCGGGCUCCCUGGCGCUCUACUCCUGCCCGGCUUACGGGGCUUCUGCCCUGGCUGCKCCGAGGAGCGACGAGCUGGCCAGGUCGUCCAGUGGAUCAGCCUUUAGUCCUUACCCCGGAUCAGCUGCUGCCUUCACGGCUUCAGCCAGCGGCUUCUCCAGCCCAAUGCCAUACUCCACAGACCCUGCCACGGGAUUCCCUUCCUACAUGAGCUCUCCUUACGACGCGCAGGGCAUGGCCGGUGCGCUCAGCUACCACCCCUACGGUAGCCCGGGAUACCCCUACCAGCUCAACGACCCGGCCUACCGCAAGAACGCGACCCGAGACGCCACCGCCACGCUGAAGGCCUGGCUACAGGAGCACAGGAAGAACCCCUACCCCACCAAGGGAGAGAAGAUCAUGUUGGCCAUCAUUACUAAGAUGACCCUYACGCAGGUMUCCACCUGGUUCGCCAACGCCAGGAGGAGGCUGAAGAAAGAGAACAAGAUGACGUGGGCUCCCCGGAAUAAGAGUGAGGAUGAGGACGAUGGAGACGGAGAGAGGAAUGAUGACCGCUUGGAGAAAAAUCUUGACCACAGCGAGACGUCCGCGGAGGAUGAAGGUAUCAGUUUGCAGGUUGAUACCCUCACAGACCAUUCUUGUUCAGCGGAGUCUGAUGGGGAUAAGGUGAGCUGUCGGAUCGGAGACCUGGUCUGUGAGUCUGGGUCAGAUACUAAGGACAAAUGUGAGGAUGAUGAUGAUGAUCACGAACUGAGAGAAUGAUGAACGACACCGAAGCUGUCAUCUAAACCCGUGACAUCAUCACCACUAACAGGGCUUGAGGCCUCGGUCUUAAACCAUCACCACCGGGAAAACAACAACAAAUCAUGUCUUGACAGCCGAYUCUCAGGUCCUCACAAUCAAGCCGUCAAACCCAAACUGUGGUCUUUAGCGGAGAUCGCUACUUCAGACSCGAAGCAGCAGCAGCAUCACCCGGGGCAGACUUGUCCAUCCCUCGGUCUUCUAACCUCCACCUCCUCCACCCCCUCCCCGGCUGUCCCUGGCGCUGUGUACUCCGCCUCUUCCAUCCUAGGACGACCCAUCUACUACACGUCUCCGUUUUACAGUAAUUACACAAACUAUGGCAACUUCAGCCCGCUGCAGGGUCAAGGGAUUGUGCCAUAUAACUCUGCUGCUAACGACGGACUCACACAGACCGCUACCGAGGUCAYCACCAUGCAUAAACACACCACUGACUCGCUGCUUAAAACGAACUCGAACCACAUUGAACAACAGUUCAGACCCUCACAUUUAUACUCUAAGAAAGGGGAGAGCUGCAUCUUGCUCCUCAGACAAGACGCCUGGCCUGCAGCACUACAGCCGUUCUCCUCAGAGACAGGCCUGAAGGAUUAAUUAAACCUGAUUCAGGUUGGGGGAUGAAUUAACCCUGACUUAUUCUAGUCAUUUCACUUUCGUUUUCAUGAGAUGUGCGUUGACUGGGCUCAGUAAAUGUCCCGCUGGUAUUUGAUAUUUUAGAAGACGGUUUUCUCAGGAUGUAUCUGCUUCAUUGCCACGGUAUAUUAUACUUUAUAUGAAGAUAAAUUAGGUAUAUUAUACUUUAUAUGAGAUAAUAUUUAGGUAUAUUAUACUUUA